AUGUCGUCACAAGUCAAGUUCGAGAAGCAGGCGGAGAACGCCUUCGGGGCCACCAAGGAUGCCAUCGCCGGCGAAAUUAGCCGCAUUCCCGGCACCAGCGGCGACCACCCCGUCGCCGAGGCCAUCGGUACCGCUCUGACCGGCGGACGUAAGAAUGCUGGCACCCCCGGAUACCUGGCCGCCUACAUCAAGCAGCUGGAGGAUAACCCGCUGCGCACAAAGAUGCUCACGUCGGGCACGCUGGCUGGUCUCCAGGAGGUGCUGGCCUCGUUCCUCGCCAAGGACCGCAACAAGCACGGCAACUACUUCACCUCGCGUGUCCCGAAGAUGGCCGCCUACGGAGCCCUCGUCAGCGCCCCCGUCGGUCACGUCCUCAUCUGGAUGCUGCAGUUUGCUUUCCGUGGACGCACCAGCCUCAAGGCCAAGGUGCUCCAAAUCCUCGCCAGCAACCUCAUUAUUGCUCCCAUCCAAAACUCCAUCUACCUCGUAGCCAUGGCCUUGAUUGCUGGCGCCCGCACAUACCACCAGGUCCGUGCCACCGUCAGGGUCGGCUUCUGGAAGGUGAUGCGCGUCUCGUGGGUCACGUCUCCCAUCUGCCUGGCCUUUGCCCAGCAGUUCCUGCCCGACCAGCUCUGGGUUCCCUUCUUCAACCUCGUGUCCUUUGUUAUUGGCACCUACAUCAACACGGCCACCAAGAAGAAGCGUCUCGCCGCUCUGCGCAAGAAGCACUUUGGCGGUGACAGCCGUCCCAACCUGGGCCAAAAGAUCUCUGGAAAGUGGUGGGAUGGCGAGAUUGGGCAAUACGAAAUGGCGUCGAAGGGUAGGUUCGUAUGA